AUGUAGCAAAAUUAUAGCUAUACCAAAAUCAAAUGUCUAUUUAAAGGAUAUGCAGGAAAAGUCUAUUUAAUUGAAAAAAGAACCGAAAAUGAUCCUCCUAAUAAACAAAUUGUUCCUAUUGUGUUAAAAAGAUAUUAUAGAAAAGUAAUGAUUAUAAUUCACAAAUUUUAGGCAUCAGAUCCUGAAAAUCAUACUAAUCUAAUUGAAUAUAAAUUUUUAACAUAACUCCAACAUCCAAAUAUCAUUAAUAUCAUUGAUGCAUUUACAGAAUAAUAUGAAUACAAAAAAUAUCUAUGUCUUACUAUGGAAUAUAUGGCACCUCUACAUGAAAUAAUAGGAAAUCUAAAAGAUUGUUAACUUUACAUUUUUAAAGAAAUAUGUUAGGCUGUAAGUUAUUUACAUAGUAAUAAUAUUUUACACAGAGAUAUAAAACCAAGCAAUAUAUUUGUUACUACUUAAGGGAAAGUGAAAUUAGGAGAUUUUGGAAUUUCUACUUAAAUUAAGUAAAUUAUGACACCUUAAACAUGUACAAAAAAUUAUAGAGCUCCUGAAUUAUUUUUUGGAUUAAAAGAAUAUGAUCAUUCUAUUGAUAUUUGGUCUUUGGGUUGCACUUUAAUAGAAAUGUAUACUGGCAAAAUGUUAUUUAAUGGAACUUCAGAAAUAGAGAUAAUGUCUUAAAUAGCAGAACUAUUAGGAAGUGUGAAUGUAAUAUUGUAAUUUAUAAAUAAGGAAUAAAAUUGGCAAGGAGUCUCUUAAUUACCUAUGUAUUUGGAAUUUAUAAAUGACAAAGAACCUUAAUUGUAAAAAGUGAUUGGGAAAUUGCCUAAAUAAAUAUAAUCACUUUUAAUUGAAUUACUAUAACUGAAUCCGAAAGGCAGAUUAAAAAUUAACCAAAUCUUGUUUUAUUUAGACGAAUUAUAAAUUCCAGAUAGAAACAGAGAACUAUCAUCUAUUGCACAUAAUGCUUUAAGAGACAAGCAAAUGAACUAAAUUUAAAUAAUUAUAUGA